AUGUGCGACACUAAGAAGCUGGCCAAGAUACCGCACAGGCGCCACGCAAGCUCGGCCACCUGUCCGGCCUACAUCAUCAACUACGACCGCUCGGCCUGCUACCGGCUCGACCUGACCUCGGAGGGACGCACACAGCUGCUGGUGCCCGUCACCGGCCACUUCGCCUACUUCGAGAAAAUUUGCCUCCAGGCGCCGGCCUGCGGCAAGGCGUGGGUGUUCGAGCGUUGGCCCGGCCGGGAGCUGGCCGGCCUGGACGAUCUGGUGCUGCGCGGCAUCACCUCCCGCCGCCAGUGCGAGGACUACUGCCUGCUCAACCACCAGCUGCCGUGCCGCUCGGCAGAGUACGUGGCCGGCAGCGGCCUCUGCCCGACUGACGAGGCGAGCUGCGACUGGGACGAGCAGUUGGACCGCGAGAUGGCGUACUCGGACCUGCAGCUGGUCACCAGCUCUGCCGACGCGUGCCGGCGGGCCUGCGAAACGGCCGCCGUGUUCAACUGCCGGUCGUUCACCUUCACGCCGAGCCGCUCCCUCUGUCGGCUGUCGGCGGAGGACACCCUCUCGGCCGGACCGCUGGCGCUGGCUCAGAACGCCGCCGCCAUCUUCUACCAGCGCGGCCCCUGCCUGGACCUGGAGCUGGUAUGCGCCGUGGACCGGAUGACGGUGCGCCUCCGCACCGAGGAGCCGUUCACCGGCCGUAUCUUCGCGCUGGACGCGCCCACCUCGUGCGAGGUUCGCGGCACCGGCCAGCGCACCACCGAAGCCACAUUUUACUACGCCGACGGUCGAUGCGGCGUGGUGCGCGAGACGGCCCAGUCGUACACGGCGCUGGUGGUGAUCCAGCUGCACGCGCUCAUUCAGCGCCGCGGCGACCGCGCUACCAAGCUGCUCUGCACGUACGACACGGCCGAGAAGACCAUCAGCACCGGACUGGACCUGCUCGUGGACCGAAUCGACGCCGCCGUGGUCACCGCCACGGUGAACGCCACGGCCGCCACGCCGCGCGUCUCGCUGCACGUGCGGGACACCAGCGGCGCCGACGUCAGCGGCACAGCACUCGGCGAGCCGCUCUUCCUCUCGCUGGAGCUGGACCACACCAGCAUUUUCGGCAUGUUCGCCCGUAACCUGGUGGCAAGAGGCGGCAGCUCGGGCGAGUCCAUUGUUCUGCUGGACGAGAGGGGAUGUCCGACGGAGACGUCCGUGUUCGGCGGCUUCACCGCCGAGUCGGAGGAUCGGACCACCAUCACCGCUCCCUUCGAGGCGUUCAAGUUCUCCGAGGACCCCGUGGUCCGGUUCCAGGUCACCGUGCAGUUCUGCCUGGACAGCUGCAGACCGGCCCAGUGCGGCUCAGAACGGCGGCACAGGCGAGCCGCGCCCCGCCUCGACCCCGUCACGCAUCAGCGAACCGUCCGCGAGGAGGCGCCACUGCAGCGCGAGAUCUUCGUGGACGGCGGCCGGGCUUGCCUGGCGUUGAUCUGCGUGGCCUGCGUGUACCAGCGGCGCCAGCAGCGGCUGCGCUCCGAGCUGCCCUCCAGCUCGACGCUGUACAGCAGCCAGGGUCGCCUGAGCUCGGUGGCCGGCCGGGCCGAACUGCCCGAGACGUGA